ACGUAUUUACCGGAGAAUACGGAAAUGCCCGAUGUUGCACGAUUGUGACUUGCUCGUAAACAUAUCCGUGCAUGUUUUCCAGUUUAUUUUGACAACUGGGUUUGAAUGCUGUUUUUUAGAGAGAUUUGAAAUAUAAUUAUAUACAUCAGGUUGACACCGAGGCUACAGAAUGAAUCAAGCUGGCAUGCAGAAUGCCUUGGAGGGGCACCUCCUCCAGGCAACAAAGGUUGUUGAGCAGCAGCUGGAUUCUGAAAUUGAAAGACUGGAUAAAUUGGACGAGGAUGACUUUGAAGUCUUGCGUCAAAAACGUAUGGAUGCUUUGAAAAAAGCACAGCAACAGAAACAAGAAUGGAUGAGUAAAGGGCAUGGAAAAUAUACUGAGGUUGCUGAUGAGAAAGAAUUCUUUGACACUUGUAAGAAAAGCAAAAAAGUAGUUUGCCAUUUCUAUAGAGACAGUACCUUCCGUUGUAAAAUUGUGGACAAACAUUUAGAACUGUUAGCACCAAAACAUCUGGAAACAAAAUUCAUUAAGAUAAAUGCAGAAAAAUGCAAAUUUUUAGUAGAUAAAUUGAGAAUUGUUGUCCUUCCUACUAUUUGUAUUGCAAUCGAUGGUAAAACGCAAGAUUACAUCGUUGGGUUUGAUGAUCUAGGUGGAAAUGACGAAUUUCCUACAGAGAUGUUAGAAUGGCGUCUUGGUCGUGCACAGGUGAUCAGUUACCAAGGAGAUCUUAUGAAUCCCCCAAAGGUUGGAUCACAGAAGAGAGAUACAAGUGUAUUUGGUUUUGUUAAAACAAAAAAGACUAUCAAAGAUUCCCAGUUAGAUGACAGUAGUGAUGAGGAAGAUUGGUGAAACUAAGAGACAAGAUAUUACAAGUUUCCCUGUGUUACAUAAUAGAACUGUUUACACGUCUUACCUGAACAAAUGUGUGUGAAGUAGUUCUUGACAAAGUUUAUAAGCAGCUUAGAUGUAAGAUCAAGAACACUGCUAUUUCAUAUAAAUAAUAUGUUUACUGUAACAUUCAUGAAUCACUUGUAAAACUUGUCCGUGAAAAUUUUAAGAAAAUAUGUUUGCAUAAAGAGAGACAUUUGAUUUAGUUUUGCUGCUUUAGCAGGUAUGGAUGUUCAAUAUAAAGAAAUAUCAGACUUUAAUAUUAGGUCUAUGAAUCCUUAAUACAUAAUAUAGUCUCUUUCCAUGUGAGUUACAAGGACUUAAAUACAUGUACAUCCCGAAAUGGGAAGUUUGCUGUUUCAUGAAUAGACUGAGUUUGUCAUACAUGGAGAACCGUCGUUUAUAUGACUGAAAAAAUGUUGAAAAAGACGUUAAACCCGAACACACACACACAUACAUGGAGAAAAUGUCUAUUCAAUUUUAAACUUUUAUUAAAAUAGUUUUCAGAAUUACAGAACAUGUAUAAUUGAACAUAUUUGAAAAACAGUAUCACUCGCAUUCAUUGUGAAAAACUUUUUUUUAUUCCAUAUUAAGAAUGUGUUCAAGAAUAAAUUAAUUAAAAUGA